AUGGACGCAACAACUCCUACUUAUGAGUCGGGCAUACUGGCCUGGUUGACCGAAUGGGAUUCCAGGACACCGCCAUUAUUCCUAAUUGACGGUAGACAACUCGAAAAGCAAGCUUACGAUCAUCCGGUCCAAAUUGUAAAGCGCAUGAAGUCUGUGACUAGAGAUAUCACAUACCUAGUUCUAUUAUUGACUUCCUUCGGUUCUAUGCCACCUGAUGUAUAUUUGAUAGAGCGUGCAGUUCGCAGAGAUGGGAGAGUAUCGGUUCCGAUUUUUAAUCCUGCAUCUCCAUGGAACUGGCCAGCUUCGGAUAUGAAUGGUAUCAAAGUUCCUGCACUGAAACUGACACCUCGAAGCACUCUUGGCUCCAGAAAACAAUCCUAUUUAAGAUUGGAGAUGCUGUUUACCAUACCAGAAAGACAGCUUCGACGAUAUAAUACAGCAGUAUCAUUGAACAAGCAGCCUCGACUGACCAAGCAGAGCUUUUCGCAUGUCAUGGAAGCUCUUGCUUGGCUGGAAGUUUCCGGCACUAAGCCAGUCCGAGCCCCUCGAAUCCAACCAGACAGACCCGACUCUGCAUCAAAGUCGAGAGAGAUCCCGGAAGGUUCUAAGAAGCCAGCUGCGGCCAAAUUGCCUUUGGAGAUAAUCUCAGACGAGUCUGAGCUAGCUAUGCGACCAAUCCAAGGCCAUGGAGGCCAAUCAGUAACCAAGUCAUAUGAAGCUCCUAGAGAGUUUCAAGUAGCUGCACGUCCUUCUCUACUUGUUCGAUGCACAAAUAUGUCUCAAUUCAGCUCCCGGGAUCCACGAGCUGUUUUCCACUUUGAACUACUCAGUGCGAAUAUUGAUCUUGACGCACGCGCAGGAACAAGAGCAGGCUUAUCAUCUAACUCCCAAGAAGCAAUGAUAGCCAUGAUCCAAAAUACCACUUGGAACUGGUUUAUUCUUGGCUCACCCGAUCCGAACGCGAUCCUUGUCGUUCCUACAGAGGGUAGCUUGGAGCUUAUGACCGAUCAACAAUCUGAAGACAUUCGGAAUAAAAUCGCAAAAGGGGUCAGCUUACAGUCUGUUGUUGCCCAAGCCAAUGAGGCAGUACUGAUGGCUGGAAUGGAACCAAUGUUUGUAGCUGGAAGGAUGUCGUGGUUUUUGAGGACAGGUGCUGUGGCCAUUUACAUAUGCCAGAGCGUAGCAGCACAAUUGAUUGGGCAGAGGCAUCGAGAGAGCAUAACCACUUGCCCUUCCAUGGUAAUGGUUAUUGUAGGAGGUGUUGUACCAUUUUUGAUUUUACUUGAACAUUGA